AUGCCCAAUCCACCAAGUACAACUGUUGCUCAUCGCGAAGCUUUUAUCAGAAUCAAGACGGCUCUCGAAGCUGAAGGCCUCAGCAUUCCCGUCUUCAUCGUGCUCGCCAAUGAUGAACACGCGACCUGGGAUAUCACUCUCACCUCCAAAAACGCCACACAUCUUGAAAGAAUCCGUAGCAUAUAUCACUUCAUCACCCACACGCACGAGAUGUCGGUCAUCAAGUUCCUUUUAACGCUGCUUCACCCUCAACAUGAUCAGCUCCGACAAGCUCGAACUGAAUGGCUUUAUGAUGGAGAUACCCAUUGUGGAUACGUUUUCAGCCUCCUCAAGGCAAUUAAAUCUGUUAUUUACUCAUUUGGCCACGGUAAAAGGAAGUGGGAAAAUUUUAUUUAUGGCGAGAUGUGCGACCUAGAGAUAUACGCUCCACCUCCUAGUCCUGACUGUGUUCCAGGCCAGAGGCCUGACUCGCCUAAUUGCCCUCCCUCCGAUCUAUGA